AUGACCCGUCAUCACGGCGAAAUCUGUUCGAAUUUAUGUCGCACGAACUGGGACUGGCAUAUCAACAAUCUCGCGUUCUACAAACCCUCCUCCCUAAAAAAAGGAACAUUUGCCCACUCGCAAACGGUGCGCUGUAACAAAAGCCGUAGUGCUCGCAGCAACAGCGAGAUCGUGUGUUUAUUUGGCUACUGCAAGAAGCUUUCCAGUGGAGAACCCGGUUCCAGGAAUACAGCGGAAAGAUCUGGUCGCAAUUUUAAUGACAUUGGAAAAAAUAUCAUGCCUCUGACAACGCAACGAUCUGCUAACCAGGUUGGGAAGUUCCAAACCGAAGAUGUGGGUGAAGUAGAUCAUCUUCUGGUCACCGAAAGUGCCAGUCACCAAGUUGGUCUUCUCAUAACCACUCAGGAAAUGAGCCAGUUACUCAAACAACUGGAAGGUGUUGAUGUUUUGACGUUGCCCUAUUGCCCGGAGGCACCACAAACGAGAGAUUCAGCUGGGUUCCAGCCGAGUGUGCUGCACCAAGGUGCACAAUUUCGAGAGGCAUUGCAAUACGCUGUCUAA